AUGACAAAGAAAUAUGUUUCAAUGAAGCUGAUUUUUAGUCCUUUAGAAUAUUUUUUAAUUCUUCCCCAAACUGAAGCAUUAAAAUAUAUAGAGGAACUUAAAAUUUCUCAAAAAAAUGAUCAUUGCUUAUCUUUUGUUAAAAGAAUAAUAUCCUGGCACUUAUUUGACUUCAAUUAUUUCAAAUUCGAAAACAAAAAAUACAUUAAUGGCUGGCCAUAUCCGUCUUAUUAUGAUAAAUUUGACCUCUCAAAGGUUAUUUCUUUGAUAUUAUUAGAUUAUGUUGACGCAUCUGAAUAUGAAAUGGCAUACGAAUUACUACAAAAUUGAGAAAAUAUUUAUGAAAUUUCUGAAUUUAAUAAUGAAAAAUUAAAUUUAUUGAGGAAUUUUACCUUUUGGCCAUCCUAUAAUUAA